UCCCUGCGUCUCGAGCUCGCCGGUCGCCACCAUCCCCAGACCACACCUUCCCCCCAGGAUCUCUCUCUCUCCCCUGAAACACCAUCAUCGCCAUCGAAGUGGCACAACCCACUUCGAUAUUACGUUCGAAUUCUAUAGGUAGCAACCGGAGGACCAGGGGGGAGAGAUGCAUCUGAUCAAUGCGUUGAUGGUGGCUCGGACGGUGACCCGGGACGACCUCGGCACCGUCCUGGGGAGCGAAAUCGAGUUCGGGUCGGUCUGGUUCUUCGUGUACGCGGGGAUUUCCUGCUUCCUGGUCCUCUUCGCGGGCAUAAUGUCGGGCCUCACGCUCGGCCUCAUGUCGCUCGGCCUCGUCGACCUCGAGAUUCUCCAGCGCAGUGGCACCAACGCCGAGAAGAAGCAAGCGGCUGCUAUUUUGCCGGUGGUCCAGAAGCAACACCAACUUCUUGUGACUUUGCUUCUUUGCAAUGCUUGUGCAAUGGAGGCCCUUCCCAUAUACUUGGAUAAGCUUUUCAAUCAGUAUGUUGCAAUUAUACUUUCUGUCACGUUCGUGCUAGCCUUUGGAGAGGUUAUUCCACAAGCAAUAUGUACCCGAUAUGGACUUGCUGUUGGUGCCAAUUUUGUGUGGCUUGUUCGGAUUCUAAUGAUCAUUUGCUAUCCAAUUGCAUAUCCUAUUGGAAAAGUUCUAGACUGGGUGUUGGGUCAUAAUGAGGCAUUGUUUAGGCGUGCUCAAUUAAAAGCUCUCGUCUCCAUCCACAGUCAGGAGGCUGGCAAGGGAGGUGAACUCACCCAUGAUGAGACCACGAUCAUUAGUGGAGCUCUAGAUUUGACUGAGAAGACUGCGGAGGAGGCAAUGACACCCAUUGAAUCUACCUUUUCUUUAGAUGUCAAUUCCAAACUAGACUGGGAAGCAAUGGGAAAGAUUCUCGCUCGGGGUCAUAGCCGAGUUCCUGUCUAUUCUGGGAACCCCAAAAAUGUCAUUGGUCUUCUUCUGGUGAAAAGCCUACUCACGGUUAGACCAGAAACAGAGACCCCUGUCAGUGCUGUUUCGAUCAGAAGAAUUCCACGGGUUCCAGCAGAUAUGCCCUUGUACGACAUACUGAAUGAGUUUCAAAAGGGUAGCAGUCAUAUGGCAGCUGUAGUGAAGACCAAAGGGAAAUCAAAGAAUCUUCCAUCAAUGCCAGAUUCGGACAUACCAGAAGAAAACAAAGCCACUGCUGGAGAUUCCCAGUUAACUACUCCCUUGCUCGUCAAACGAGAUGAAAAACCUGAUGUUAUUGUUAACAUCGAGAAGGCUCCUAGGCCUGUCAAUGUAAGUAAGCAACUUAAUGAUGCCUCGAUAAAUGGCUUGCCUCUUUUGUCAGAAGAUAUCGAGGAUGGGGAGGUUAUUGGCAUCAUCACUCUCGAGGAUGUGUUUGAAGAACUUCUUCAGGAGGAGAUUGUUGAUGAAACAGAUGAAUAUGUUGAUGUACAUAAAAGAAUCCGAGUAGCUGCAGCUGCAUCAGUUGCACGGGCUCCAUCACUUCGGAGACUGAACAUCCAUAAAGGAGCUGGAGGCCAAUCCAAGCACGGGCAGGUCCCAAGAAAAACUCCUGAGGAUGAUCCAAGUUCUGCUAGGUCAACAGGCACUCCAGGUUUGCAAAACUCUGUGGCCUAGGGUUGAAGUUUCGGUGUGAGUGACAUCUGGUAAAUGCUUCCAUGGGAUGUCGGAGUCUAAAAGUGAAGGAUUCUCGAACGAUCUUUUUUCCAGGGUAAUCAACAUAUCCCGUGGAAGGGGUACAGCGGAAAACCGCAUUCUUGGAAGUUAAUUAUGUCUAGCAUAUGUAAGAUGUUCAGUCGUCUGAUGCAAUUUUGUUUCAUUGUAGCUGAAUAAUUAAUCUAUUUUGUGUUCGAAAACAGAGGAAAAAGUUUUGUAGUAUGAGAUUACGGUGUAUGAAUUUCAUCGUUA